AUGGCGUCGGAACAAGGUCCCGUCGCGACAGAAGCCCCGCCGCCAUCCUCCAUCGUGGAGCCGCCCGUCUCAGUCGAAGCUCUGCAGGCCGACGCGACUCGCGCGGCCGCCUCGCUGAAGAGAGCGCGGGAGACCACGCCGACGUCCCCCAACUCGGCGGCCGUUGCCGCCCACCUCACUGCGGACCUCUCGCCCUCCAAGAUCGCCAGACUCGCUGGCCUGGCAUCAGCGCGCUCCCCAGCUCCCCUGACUGGCGCUGCGGCCCUCGAGGACGAGCGGGACGAGCGCCGGCGGCAAGAGGAGCAGUACAAGCUGCAAGUGUCUGGUGCGAGCGAGAAUCCUGCGUACAAGGUGCAGGCUGACCUAAUGUCAGCUGGGGCACUCGGAAUGAGCCGGCCACAGGACGCGCCGCUGGGCCUGGAGAGCCUGCAGGCCGACUCCAUGCCCGCCCCGUCCACGGCCGAGGAGCCGGAGCCAAAGGAAGGCACGAGUCCCACAAGCGUGACCAGCAUGAGCGGCGGCAGCGCGCCCAUGACCACCACAAGCCCGGGUCCCAUGGACAUAGAUCCUCAGCUGGAGCGCACCGCCUACAUACCCCAGCCCCAGGCCCAGAUGGAAGACAAGGGCAGCAGUACGUCGUUAUCUUAUCCUGGACUGGUGAGCGCCGCGACCGCGGCGACUCAGAUGCCAGCUCCUCCAGCCCGUGGUUCGAGCAUGCCGAUGACGCCGGGCCAAGCCGGCGCACCCAAGUCGCCUAGUUCGAAGAAACACAAGUGCCCGUACUGUGAGACCGAGUUCACGCGCCAUCAUAACCUAAAGAGCCACCUCUUGACGCACAGCCAAGAGAAGCCGUACCCCUGCGGGACCUGUCAAAUGCGAUUCAGACGACUCCACGAUCUCAAGCGGCACAGUAAACUCCACACCGGCGAGAAGCCGCACAUAUGUCCCAAGUGCGACCGGAAAUUUGCACGCGGAGACGCAUUGGCGCGGCAUAGUAAAGGCCCAGGCGGCUGCGUUAGCCGUAGAAGCAGCAUGUUCGGCGACGAGGACUUCCAAGACACAAGUCAACUCGAGGGUGACUCGACCAUGUCUGGGAUUGCCUACGAUGGUAGCAAUGAUGCGGAUAUGACGGAGGAGGACAGGCGACGGCUCAGUCUCCCGGCUCCUGCCAUCAAGGCUCAACAUGUUCAAGGCAGCCAGGCCGUCCCUGAGGGUUACGCACCACACUCGAGGACAUAUCCGCCCGGCUCGACAGCAGGUGGUCGUUUAUAUCCGCCAAGUGUCGAGCAUGGCUCUGUAAGCUCGAAUGCCUCGGGCGUAUCGGCUGCUGGCGGCAAUGCUUCCAUGUACUCCCAGACCGGGAUGACGGAAAGCCCGAAGCCCCUGAGUCCCGGACAAACCCACGAAGGCCACGCCAACAGACAGCGUUCGCCAAGCUUGACAACGCAAUUCCAGCAGCAACAUUUCGGUCGACAUCAGACAGACCGUCAGACCCCACCAGGUUCGUCUCAUUUCUCAUCCUAUCCCGAAGCGCUCGUAGCUCAACUAGACUCAGUGCCCGGAUUUACCACGAGUGAUGGACGUUUUCCUGGCGCAGGCACUGGGUCAGAGACUGCCCCAGCAACGCAAGCAGCGUCCGGCGCAGGGGUCUCGAACCAACCGGGCAUACCGCAAACGGCUUCCGUCCCUGGCCAGAACGGUGGAAGUGGUGACAGCACCAGCAACAAUCUUUUUGCUACCGAUCAGGGGAUUUGGGCAUAUAUCCACACGCUGGAGGAGAACGUUAAGGAGUUGGUUGGCCGUGUUCAUGUCCUCGAGCAAAGCGAACAGAGCCACGAGGACAAGAUCGCACAGCUUACCAGCACGGUCACUGCUCUACGCGGACAGCUGGAGACAAAGCCAGACGCGCCGUCUGCAGAGCCGCCUGUAGAGCCGCCUGCAGAAGCCUUGAGCUAG